UCUUCUUCUCUCCUCAUGAUGGCGCCGUUCAGCUGUUUCAGCUCCUGUUUAAGUGUGUGUGUGUAUGUAUGUGUGUGUGUCCUUGACAGGCAGGAUAUAAACGAGCCGCUCCAAGCUUCAGAGGACAGGAGCGACCAAGAAGUAGAAGAAGAAGAAGAAGAAGAAGUCUUCACCUCCCAGAAUCCACCAGCAAUAAUAAUAAUAAGAAGAAGAAGAAACAUCAAACUGUGGAUCAUGUGUCCUGCGUGGCUAUUGGUGGCCGUGGUGGUUGUGGGCGGAGCCAGAGGAGCGGCCAGCCAAUGCUGGGAGAGUCUGAGCUGCCAGGAGUUGAACAGCGAGAGCAGCAUGAUGGACUGUAUCCACGCCUGUCGCUCCGACCUGACGGCCGAGACGCCCCUGGUCCCAGGCGACGCCCACCUGUCGCCGCCCCCCGACCCCGCCGCCCCGCAGGCCAAGCGCUCCUACUCCAUGGAGCAUUUCCGUUGGGGGAAGCCGGUCGGCCGCAAACGCCGCCCCGUCAAGGUCUACACGUCCAACGGCGUGCAGGAGGAGUCGGCCGAGGCGUUCCCCGCCGAGAUGAGGAGGCGCAGCGAUGAAGAGGAGGAGGAGGAGGAAGAGCAGCUGCUGCAGGAGAAGAAGGACGGAUCCUACAAGAUGAAGCACUUCCGCUGGAGCGGGCCGCCGGCGGGGAAACGCUACGGAGGAUUCAUGAAGAGCUGGGAGGAAGGGCGGCAGAAACCGCUGGUCACGCUGCUGAAGAACAUCAUCAACAAGGAGGAGCAGAUGUAGCCAAUGAGACGCUCCGACACGCCGGGGGUUAGCCAAUGAGACGCUCCGAGGGAUUUCAUAUCCAUGGCUCCAUGUAAAUAACUGUAUUUAUUAUAUGAGUUAUUUGCAAGCAAAAGGAAA